AUGCCAGUAUCUGGUGGUCUUGUAGCGUCAGAUGGUUUAAAAAACUCGUUAGCUGAAGUAAAUUGCGAAUCAUUGCCAUGGAACAGAGAUAAUCCAGUUGGUAAUGCAUGGACAGCAAAAGAAAGCAUUUUACCGACCGUUGGCCAAGCAAGAAGUACAAUUGAAUCUCGAACAUCAACACAUUGGAAAAUCAUCAAUCCAUUGGUUCGUAACAGGGUUGGACAACCAGUGGCUUAUAAACUGGUUCCAGCUGGAAAUGUGUGUCCAUUAUAUCAUAAAAACUCAUCCCAAUACGACCGCGGAGGAUUUACAAGGUAUCAUUUAUGGGGAACUGUUUUUGAACCAGAUGAACUUUAUGCAGCCGGUCAUUAUCCAAAUCAGCAAAACGGUCAAGAUGGGCUACCUGUUUACAGUGAAAAAAACAAAGAUAAGUCACUAAUUGAGGCUGACCUUGUUACAUGGUAUACGUUCGAUACAACUCAUAUUGUUAGGCCAGAAGACUGGCCAGUAAUGCCAGUUGAAUCGACAGGAUUUAAACUUCUUCCGCACGGCUUCUUUGAUGGAAAUCCAUCUUUAGACGUGCCCGCAAGUCACUGUCAUGCAAAGAAGUCUGUAACUCCAGAAUUUGGUCCUGAUGAUGAAUAA